ACACAAAAGUAGAACUUCAAACGUAAAAAGUGAAAAUUAAAGUAAAGUGAGUUCUUUUUAAAAAAUAAAAAUUUGCAAUAUUAAAGGGGAAAUAGUCACACCUUAGUCCGCUUAAAAAUAAAGCAAUGGCAUCUGUUAAGAAGGAAACUGAUUCAAAAAAUGAAAAAGACAGUAUGCAACAGCUUGAAGGUGAUAAGGAGAUGGAGAAGGAGAAAAUAUCUACAACAGCAGAGAAUGGCUGUGAGCGUGAGUUGACUACUAAGGAAGCAUAUUUUGCUAGUCUCAAUGAAUGGGUGAAACAAGCUAAUAUCUCUCAAAAUGCAAUGGCACUCUUUCCUUGGUACUUAAUUAACAGCUAUCCUCAAGUAUUCCAAAAUCAACAAGGUUUUCCCUUAGGAACAUCGGCUAAUGGAAUAUCACCUGCAAAUGCACAGGUUCCUGGCGGUGUGGCUGCAAAUUUGAAUGCAGUCGACCCGAACGCUUUUGGUGAUCGUAGACGCAUUAUGUUUCAAUAUCGAAUUUUAAGCGAUCAAGUGCAAGCUGAAAUAAUUCAACGAUCUGGUGGCUAUGAGUAUGUUAUUGCUCCAUUUUGGAAACGCGUUGUUGCUGAAAUAAUCGAUAUGGUGAUAUUACUUGUAUUGAAGAUCGUGGUUACUUUUACCAUAAUGAAUGUUUUCGAUUUGGAUUUGGGUUUUGAGCUCGACAAGGAGGAUCUACGCAAAGCCAUUGAAGACGAUGAUUAUGCUAGUUUUCUUACUAUGUCAAUGGACUUUUUAGCAUUUUCCUCGGAUUUACUAAUGCUUGAACUUUUAACAAAAGUAAUAGUUUGUUUUUAUGAAGCCAUAUGGACAGCGGCUUAUAACGGCGCUACACCGGGAAAGGCGGCAAUGAAUCUCUGUAUAAAAUAUGUAGAGGCAGUUUAUCCUCUACAGCCGGCAGCUGAUAUACAACCACAACCUCAGCCAUUUGCUAGACAAUUCCAGGGGCUUCAAGCCCAACGUUUACCAAUUACUGCACUAAUCCUUCCCGCCGAAGUGCCAACAUUCCAACGAGCAUUCAUGCGAGCCGUAGCAAAGAAUUUAAUAAUGACUCUACUUUUCCCAAUGUGUUUCGUCAUGAUUUUCUUUAAAAAUAAUCGCACUGCUUAUGAUAUAGCUACCAAGACGAUUGUUGUGGAAGCAAACCAGAACCCAAGAAUUCGUCACCCGCCACCGCAAUAAACUGUUACUUUAUUUUUAAUAGAGAUUUGUCUUAAUGUUUCCGAUAUGUCUCUUAUAAGGUGGUAUUCUUAUAUUUAUUGUUUCUUUACGAAAUUUAGUACUCGUAUGUAUUCUUCUAUUUUCAAAACAUGGUAAUUUCCAAGCAACUAUAACUUUUUGAAUUAAUAAAUUGUUUUAUUAACAAAC